AUGGACCGCGAAAGAGGAAAGAUACAUAGCAAAGCGAACAAGGAUAUAGCGAUCGCGGUGCGAACGGGAGGGAGCCUUGACCCCGAGACGAAUAUGACACUGGCUGCGGUACUGCAGAGGUUGAAGGCACAAGGCGUGCCGAAGGAGCUUGUCGAGAACGCUCUCAAAAGGGCUGCUGGUGGAGGGGAAAGGGGAGACCAGCAGCUGGUCUAUGAGGCUAUAGCGCCUGGAUCCGUCGGGUUGAUCAUAGAAUGCCAAACGGACAAUGUGACCCGGGCCAUGCACAAGGUGCGCAAUGUACUCACGACAAAUAGCGCACGUCUCGCACCAGUCAAGUUUAUGUUCACUCGGCAAGGUCUCGUGAAGGUGGCACUGGAACAUGACGGGUCAUACGCAGAACUGCUUGAGCCUCUCAUCGAGAAGAUGAUAGAUGCAGGUGCCGAGGACUUCGUGGAGUCAGUACCAGAAGAGGGCGAUGCGGAGGUUACUUUCACCUGCCAGCCAGAAGACCUCAACAAGUUGACCUCAGUUGCCACGAAGACGGGUAUGUGCAAGGAGCUCCUGAGCAGUGACCUCGUAUAUAGUCCUGUAGAGAAGACUGCAGACCUAGACGAGGACACUGUUCGAAACACUGGACGAAAAUUGCGAUAUUUUCAUGUGAAAGAUUGUAAACAAGAGGCCAAACAAUUUUUGUGUAUUUCAUCUGAGAAUGAUCUUCAAAAUGAUUGA